CUGGUGGUUAGAGCAGGGGCAGGCUGGGAGCCAGGACUCCUGGGCUCUUUUCUAACCCUUCCUGCCUUCUCCCUCUAGGAUGCAGCUCCCACUAGUGGUUCUGGCCGGCAUGGCCCUCCUGUGUGUGGCUGACCCUCUGCGCCACCCCACCGGCUCCCGCGUGGCCCAGCUCUCUGCCGACUUUGGGAUGAAGGUUUUCCGGGAGGUGGCAAAGGUGUCCCCGGAUCGUAACGUGGCUUUCUCCCCUUUUGGGGUGGCCUCUGUACUGGCCAUGCUGCAGAUGGCGGCCGCCGGGGAGAGCCGGAGUCAGAUCAAGGCAGCCAUGGAGUACGGGGUCCAUGAGCGGGGCAUCCCUCAGGCCCUGCGGUGGCUGCGCAAGGAGCUGACGGCCCCGAAGAAUCAGGACAAGGUGGACGUCGCCGAUGCGCUCUUCGUGCAGCGUGACCUGGGGCUGGCCCCUGGGUUCAUGAAGACGUUCGCCCGCGCCUUUCGCCAGACCGUCAAACAGGUCAACUUCACGGAGGGCGAGCGGGCUCGCUUCAUCAUCAAUGACUGGGUCAAGGACAGCACCCACGGGAUGAUCAGUGACUUCCUGGGGCCGGGCACCGUGGAUGACCUGACCCGCCUGGUGCUGGUGAACGCGGUGUAUUUCAAGGGGCUCUGGAAGCUGCCUUUCCCGGAGGCGGCCACGCGCCAGCGCAUCUUCCACAAGUCGGACGGGAGCAGUGUGGUGGUGCCCAUGAUGGAGCAGACGGCCAAGUUCAACUAUGGCGAGUUCCUCACCCCGGACCGAGUGGACUACGACGUGGUGGAGCUGCCGUACCACGGGGACACGCUCAGCAUGCUCAUCGCCGCCCCCUACCGCCGAGAGGUGCCCCUGGCCGCCCUGACCCGGGUCCUCGACGCCCAGCUGGUGGGCAAGUGGAAGACAAACAUGACCCGAGUGCCCCGGCAGCUCGUGCUUCCCAAGUUCUCCCUGGAGAGUGAAUCCGACCUGCGCCGGCCCCUGCAGCAGCUGGGCGUGAGGGACGUCUUUAACCCCAGCGCCGCGGACUUCACCAGCCUGUCAGCCGAGGAGUCGCUGUACGUGGCCCAGGCCCUGCAGAAGGUGAAGAUCGAGGUGAAUGAGAGCGGCACCAAAGCCUCCUCUGCAACAGCUGCCAUCGUCUACGCACGGAUGUCCCCCCUGGAGAUCAUCAUGGACCGGCCCUUCCUCUUCGUGGUGCGGCACAACCCCACAGGUGCCAUCCUCUUCAUGGGACAGGUGAUGGAGCCCUGAGCACGGGGAACCCCCCGUGCUGGGAGCGGACUGGGAAGCGAGGCCAUCUCACGGGGUGGGGGGCUCUGCCUCACCCCACCCCCUGCCUGAGGAGGAGGUGCCUGUCCUGUUCAGUUUGACUUUCUGGGUCUCCCACUCUCCCCCCUGGAUUGCAGGGCAGCAGGCCCUUUGGGGGGCCCACUCUGCCCAGUAGUGGCACCAUGUAGGAUGGCAGUCACUGGGCUGUCUCCCACAGCUGGGAGUCCCAGGGGCUGGCAUCUACCCCCCUUCCCCCCCAGUGAUUCCGUUUCCCUGGUCCUACCGUGCCUGGGACCUGGGACUUGCAUGGAUUCUAAUGAGUUUACACUGGAGGCUGCUACCUCACCCCCUCCUCUGGGGGUGUCAGGAGCCCUGUUCCCGGUCACGGGGCUGGGCAUGAAUGUAUGGGAGAGUAAUAUAUUGUAGAGGAGAUAAUAUAUUCCUAGCUUUGUUUGCAUUUGAGGGGCCUGUGUGGGGUGGGUGGGCGAGGGGGGCACCCCAAAAGGGCCGGCCAGAGCGGUGCCACUCUAAGCUUUUGUUCACUGCCCCCAAGAGCUCGGCGUGAGCUACAGCCCCAUUGCGGGCGGGUGGGGGGGCCCUCCUCUGGGCCUGCAUUACUCCCCCACCCCGCAGGAAGCUGGGUGAAGCAAUCGUCACGUGCGGCCUGCAGAGCUGCGUGUGCAGAUAAGGGCCGGCGGUGAGUCACCCUCACCAGCCGCAUGCAGCCCCCCAAAAAACUCAGCAGCUGUUUAAAAAUAACUGAGGUGUUUGGCCUUGGACAGUCACGUUUUCCCACCCCUCACCACCAGCGGCUUCCUCGGCGGUGUGAAACGAACACGCAGGGUGGGGGUUUAAAUACCCCUCGCAUCCCACUCAGCAGUGCCUUAAAGGGACGUGCCGAGGGGUGACGUCCUUUUCCCUAUACCCCCUGUGGGGCCUGGGGUGUGUAGGGACCCCCUCUCCCCUUUGCAGUGAGGCAGGAUUUCUGUACUUUGGCAGUGAAUUGCAUGGGAUGUGGGUGUGUAUAUGGAUUUUUUUUUUUAAUUGAAUAGUUUUUAUUCCACUUUUCCUAUGUAAGAAAAGCAAUAAAAAUCUCUAUGGAAA